AUGACACCACCGAACCCUCUCGCUGACUGGGAAAAAGUUGGAGACCAGUUCUAUAGAAAGUCCCGAAUCUAUGACGCUGUGUUCGAUGAAGACGUGGAGCUGGAGAAUUAUGUCGCUGUAGGCGCACCCUAUGGCGGUGCAAUAGCCCUUUAUCGCGACGAACGGAAACUACAGCGCUACAGAGGCGCGCAGACUUCCAAGUCAAGCAUUGACAUCUAUUCAUGUUCCGGACAGCGGAUAUGUCGCGUAAAUUGGGAUCAUGGAUCUAUCCGUGGCCUAGGAUGGUCUGAGGACGAGAAACUGCUGGCCGUUACUGAGGAUGGUACCGUCCGCUGCUAUUAUGGCCUCAGCGGAGACUUUACGCCAUUUUCAUUAGGAUCGGCUGCAGAAGAGUAUGGCGUGGUUGGAUGCCGCUUUUGGUCAACUGGAUUCGUUGCUUUAUUGUCCAAUAACCAACUUGUUGCGGUGUCUCACUAUGAUGAGCCUCGUCCGAAAUUGCUCGCCCCGUCACCCGAGGGUGAGAUCAAUUCAUGGUCGUUGAUUCCGCCUAGGUACACCUUGUCGCGCUCAGUUGAAGUCUUACUAGCCAUAGACAAGACUAUAUACGUUGUGGAUGCUGCCGAUUCCGAGGAUCGCAUGCUACAGAAUGGGCCUUUCAAACAUGUUAGCGUAUCACCGAACGGACUUUUUGUUGCCUUAUUCACCGGAGAUGGAAAGGUAUGGGUGGUGAGCAGUGAUUUCCAAAACAAGUUCAGUGAGUACGACUCGAAAGCAAAGACUCCUCCUAGCUCUGUGACAUGGUGCGGCAACGAUGCCGUCGUCCUUGCCUGGGAAGAUGAAGUCCACAUGGUUGGACCAAAUGGCGCAGCAGCAAGAUAUUUUUAUGAAGGCCAGGUCCAUAUUAUACCUGAUAUUGAUGGGAUCAGGAUAUUAACGAAUGAUGUCUGCGAGUUUCUGCACAAGGUCCGCGAUGUAACGGAGGAGGUUUUCAGGCUUGGAUCAAGCGCACCGGCAUCCGUUCUACUCGAUGCUGUUGAGCAGCUUGAAAAGAAAUCCCCAGCUGCUGAUGAGAAUAUCCAAAGAAUUCGCUCCAAUCUGGUUGACGCAGUAGAUACCUGUGUCAGAGCGGCUGGAUACGAGUUCAACGCCUAUUGGCAAAAGCAGCUUCUCAAAGCAGCAUCCUUUGGAAAAUCCAUCCUCGAGCUUUAUAAUAGCGACGAGUUUGUCGAUAUGUGCGAAAAGCUCCGCGUACUUAAUGCUGUCCGUGAUUAUAAGGUUGGCCUACCAAUGUCAUAUGAACAGUAUAUACGACUUACUCCCGAAAGGCUCAUCGAACGCCUAAUAAAUCGCCAUGAGUGCCUUCUCGCUAUACGCAUUUCUGAAUACCUCCAUAUCCCUGCCGACAAGGUCUUCGUCCAAUGGGCAAUCCAGAAAGUCAGAACAUCCACGGAAGAUGACGAUACGAUUUGCCAGCUAGUUGUACAACGGCUUCAAGGAAAGCAAGGAAUUUCUUUCGAAUCCAUUGCACGAGCAGCUCACGACGAAGGCCGGUCGCACCUAGCAACUCAGCUGUUAAACUUUGAACCGCGUGCGGGCAAACAGGUCCCUCUGCUUCUUAGCAUGGAGGAAGAUAGUGUCGCUUUGGACAAGGCGACCGAGAGCGGAGACACCGACCUUAUCUUAUUUGUACUUCUACAGCUCAAGCGGAAGCUACCACUUGCCACCUUCUUCAGGACUUUGAGCAACCGACCAGUCGCAUCAGCAUUAGUGGAGGCAUCCGCGAGGUACCAAGACGAAGAGCUUUUGAAAGAUCUAUACUACCAGGAUGACAGAGCGACCGAUGGGUCAAACAUUCAUUUAAGAGAUGCCUUGAAUCAGACUGAUCUCCAUGGUAAAACCGAUAAACUACGUGUUGCCGCGCGGCUACUGUCCGACUCGAAAGACGCAGUUAUUCAGGCACAACUUAAAACACUCAACGAUGCAGCAUAUCUCCUGAAAGUCCAAGACGGGCUAGACAAGGACCUUACAGAUAGUAAUGACUUGUUCAUGGGUUUGAGUGUUAAUGAAACUAUCUACAGACUGAUUCGGUCUGGUUAUGGCAAGCGUGCCAUCAAAAUCCAGAACGACUUCAAAGUGCCAGAAAAGACCUAUUGGUGGUUACGACUGAGAGGUCUCGUGGCGAAGAGAGAUUGGGGCGAAUUAGAGGACCUGAGCAAGACCAAGAAGUCGCCGAUCGGGUGGGAGCCCUUUUACAACGAAAUUCUCGGAGCAGGAAACACUAAGCUUGCAUCCAUGUUUAUCCCCAAGUGCGCGUCGUUGACAGUUGCUGAACGAAUCGACAUGUGGAUGAAAUGCGGAAUGGCGGCCAGGGCAGGCGAAGAAGCUCUGAAAGCAAAGGACUUGAAGGCCCUCGAGAAUCUUAGGACUCGCACCUCUGGCAAUGCGGUACUGGAAAUUGACCGCAUGAUCAACCAACUGAGACCAAGGAAAUGA